AUGCUAGGGACCCAUCUUCUCGCCGGCCUUCUCUGCGCCUAUGCCGCUGUCGCUAUCAGCAUGCCGCAGCAUGAACCCCAGCAGCCUCUCCUUGCACAACACAAAGCGAGUGGAUUGGACUCACAGACUGUCCAUGUGAUGUUGGUCUAUACAGAAAGCGGAAGCAAAAUGGAGCGAGUGGCUCAAAUACCGUUGCAUAAACGGAUCCUCCCAGGUGCGUUGCUUGGGGUGCCAACUCGGCCUUUUCCCAAUGCCUCUUGGCCGGGCUGCCACAGUCUGAGUAGCCCCGUCAAAUCACUGAUCUCCCGGCUAGGCCUUGUUUUGCCCAGGCAGUUGGACACGAUCAAGAUUGUGGCAGCGGCCACUGGACAAGGGCGUUCCGUUGCCCUGGAGCGGCUAGACAGCAUCACAUGCAAAAUAACAACAGACGUCGAUGAUGAAGGGGAACAAGCGCCAGCCGGUCUACCUUGGUUCUCUCUCAAAGACGGAACUGUUCGCAUCAAAGACACUCCAUCAAAAUGGUUUCUAGGGAGCAGAAGGAUACAAAGUUACAAAUGCCGAUGA